GACUCCCUGUCCCUGGGCGCCGGUCUCUGGGCCACCUCAGAGGCGGAGCUUGGCUGUACCCACGUGUGGUGGAGUUAAAUACUCGGAGCCCACACCCGCUGGGGCAGAGAAGCAAGAAGCGGCACCAUGGCUGGCAAGAAAGUCUGCAUUGUCGGCUCCGGCAACUGGGGUUCAGCCAUUGCCAAGAUCGUGGGUAGCAACGCAGGCCGGCUGGCACACUUUGACCCGCGGGUGGCCAUGUGGGUGUUUGAGGAAGACAUUGGGGGCAGAAAGCUGACUGAGAUCAUCAACACUCAACAUGAGAAUGUUAAAUACCUGCCAGGGCACAAGCUGCCCCCCAAUGUGGUGGCUGUCCCCGAUGUGGUCCAGGCUGCAGCAGAUGCUGACAUCCUGAUCUUUGUAGUGCCCCAUCAGUUCAUUGGCAAGAUCUGUGACCAGCUCAAGGGCCACCUGAAGGCCAAUACCAUCGGCAUAUCUCUUAUUAAGGGGGUAGACGAGGGCCCCAAUGGGCUGAAGCUCAUCUCUGAAGUGAUUGGGGAACGCCUUGGCAUCCCCAUGAGCGUGCUGAUGGGGGCCAACAUUGCCAGCGAGGUGGCUGAGGAGAAGUUCUGUGAAACAACCAUUGGCUGCAAGGACCCAGCUCAGGGACAGCUGCUGAAGGAACUGAUGCAGACGCCCAACUUCCGCAUCACUGUGGUACCGGAGGUGGACACAGUGGAGAUCUGUGGGGCUUUGAAGAAUAUAGUGGCCGUGGGGGCUGGCUUCUGUGAUGGACUUGGCUUCGGUGACAACACAAAGGCAGCUGUGAUCCGUCUGGGGCUCAUGGAGAUGAUCGCCUUCGCCAAGCUCUUCUGCAGCGGCUCGGUGUCCUCUGCCACCUUCCUGGAGAGCUGCGGGGUGGCCGACCUCAUCACUACCUGCUAUGGAGGGCGGAACCGCAAAGUGGCAGAGGCCUUUGUUCGCACUGGGAAGUCCAUUGAGCAGCUGGAGAAAGAGAUGCUGAACGGACAGAAGCUGCAGGGGCCCCAGACAGCCCGUGAGCUACACAGCAUCCUGCAACACAAGGGCCUUGUGGACAAGUUUCCCCUGUUCACUGCUGUGUACAAAGUGUGUUAUGAAGGCCAGCCAGUGGGUGAGUUCAUCCGCUGCCUGCAGAACCACCCAGAGCACAUGUGAGCGGGGCCAGGGCAGGCCCAGGACAGGCUGCUCCUUUGUUCCAACGGAGACAAGCAGAAGCGUGUGAUAGCUGUCAUCAGGAUGAUCUCCGGGACUCCCCCCAUCCAGCAGAGUCCUGCCUGAAGGACCCUGAGGACCGACGUGAGGCUGUGGGGCUCAGCUACACACCCGGAGAGGCGGGACUUGCUGCGGAGCCUGCAGCCUCUUGCAGAAUCCAGGCUUCCUCAGUGUCCUCUGGGCAGGUGUAGAACCAAGCUGCCCCCCGGGGAGGGGUUCGGGGAAAU